AUGGUUAAGGAAACGAAAUUAUACACUUUACUCGGGGUUUCGCCAGAUGCAACUGAAAAUGAUUUGAAAAAGGGUUACAGAAAAAUGGCAUUAAAAUAUCAUCCAGAUAAACCAACCGGCAAUACUGAAAAAUUUAAAGAAAUAAGUGAAGCCUUUGAUAUUUUAAAUGAUAAAAACAAGAGACAAAUCUACGAUCUAUAUGGGUUAGAAGCUGUAAGACAUGGUGGUCCAAUUCCAACCGGUAAUGCACAAGCCAAUGGUUCCUCUGGUGGAUUUUCUGGUGGAUUCCCCUUUAAUGGUGCGUCAGGAAUGCCAGGAGGAACUUCGUCUUUUUCGUUCACUUCAACUGGAUCUGAUCCAGGGUUUUCAAGUAAUGAUGCUUUUAACAUAUAUCGACAAUUUUUUGGUGGUUCAGGGGGCAUGAAUGGCAUGGAUGAUUUUGGGGCAAGCAGUUUUUCCUCCUCCUCUCCAUCAGGCAAUUUUCCAUUCAAUCGUCCAUCUAAUAGCAAUAAUAAUAAUAAUAAUAACAAUAAUAACAAUAAUAAUAUUUUUUCCAAGAGAUCAGUAAAUAGAUCGGCUGAAACAAUUGAAUUGAAAUUGCCUUGUUCAUUAGAGGAAUUAUCAAAGGGAGGAAUCAAAAAAAUGAAAAUUAAUAGAAAAGGGCCUCAUAACGAAAAGGAAACUAAUAUUAUAUCAGUAAACAUAACACCUGGCUGGAAAGCUGGUACGAAAAUAACAUAUCCAAAUGAGGGAGACUAUACUAUUCAUGGAAGACAAGAUAUUAAGUUUGUUAUUGUGGAAAAGCCACAUCCUAUUUUCCAAAGAGAUAAUAAUGAUUUGAUAUUGAAUUUGGAUUUGACGUUGAAAGAAGCAUUAUUGGGAUUUAAAAAACAAGUCAAGCUAUUAGAUGGGAGAAUAAUUUCAAUUGUAAAAACCCAGCCAAUUAACCCAGCUUUAAAAGAAACAUAUCCUGAUUUGGGUAUGCCAAUUAGUAAAAAACCUGGAGAAAGGGGUAAUUUGAUUGUUCAAUUUAGAGUUAAUUAUCCAUCAAAUUUGACGUCGAAUCAAAAAAACGCGAUUGCAAAUAAUUUUUAG